AUGAGUGAGUUGGACACUCAGAAGACCUGUGAUGGAACUGUUUCUCGUCUGCUCAAUGUGGUGGAAAGUGAGCUUCAGGCAGGGAGGGAAAAAGGCGACCCUACAGAGAAGCAGCUUCAGAUCAUUCUGGAGGAUGCCCCUCUCUGGCAGAGGUUCAAGGAAGUCACCAACGAAAUGAUCGUGACCAAGAACGGCAGACGGAUGUUCCCUGUCCUAAAGAUUAGCAUCACAGGGCUGGACCCCAAUGCCAUGUACUCACUUCUUCUGGACUUUGUCCCAAUGGACAGUCAUCGCUGGAAGUACGUCAAUGGAGAAUGGGUGCCUGCAGGCAAGCCAGAGGUCUCCAGCCACAGCUGUGUCUACAUCCACCCAGACUCCCCCAACUUCGGUGCCCACUGGAUGAAGGCCCCCAUCUCCUUCAGCAAAGUGAAGCUGACCAAUAAGCUCAACGGAGGUGGGCAGUAUAGAAAUUCAAAGGUGAAGAUUAAGUGUUCUGUUCCCCAUGCAUAUUCUACUUUCACUAACACUUCUUGUCUUUGUAAAUGUAAGAUAACGGCUCUCAAAAUCAAGUACAACCCUUUUGCCAAAGCCUUCUUGGAUGCUAAGGAAAGGAACCACCUCAAGGAUAUUCCAGAAGCUAUGUCUGAGAGCCAGCAUGUGACCUAUUCUCACU